AAAACGCAUCACAGGUCAUGCCUGCUGCCGUCAGCAAAGGAUCCAAGAAGCGCGGGGCAACGUCCCAAGCUGCCGCGCCCCAGUCCAAGAAACCCUAUCUUGAGAAGUCCUCCGAGUCCAAGGCGAAGAAACGAAGUCGUCCCGUCACGAGCAAUAUUCAAGAGGAUAGUGCAGACACUUCCGAUGAUCAAGAAGAUAUAGUUGAGACGUUCUCGUCCUCAGAGAACAGCGAAGUCGAAGAACAGGCCGGGGACGAGAUAGACAAAACGGAGAAGUCGGCCAAGGACCCUAACGCUGCGCGCGAGUCACACAAAGCACAACGCGCCCUGCUUGAACAACGCAAAUCUGCCAAGCCCCAUUCCGCCCUCCUCACCGACGCAAAACGCGCCUGGACGCUCGCGCGUCAGAAAAAUAUAUCCAAGGCCGAGCGCACGAAGCACCUGACCGCACUCAUGGACGUCAUUCGCGGAAAGGUCAAGGACAUCGUCUUCAAGCACGACGCGAGCCGCAUUGUCCAGACUGCGGUCAAGUACGGGGGCCAGAAAGAGCGGAAUGAGAUCGCCGAGGAACUGAAGGGGCGGUAUCGGGACCUUGCGCAGAGCAAGUAUUCGAAGUUCCUGGUCACGAAGCUUAUCCGUCUUUGCCCCUCGUAUCGACCAAUUAUCCUGCGCGAACUCCAAGGGAGCGUCCUCCGACUACUCUUGCAUCGCGAGGCGUCGGGCGUGCUCGCUGACGCGUUCGAACUCUACGCCAAUGCAUACGAACGCUCGAUCCUGCUGCGCGAUUUCUAUGGCAAGGAAGCCAGCCUCUUUACGGUCACAGCUGGGAGCGAAGAAGAAAAGGAACGAUCCAAGCGCGGUCUGAGGGGACUCAUGGAGGGCCUCGAGAGUGACCGGCAGAAACGCGUCCUGGCUGCGCUGAAGGACAAUCUGGUCACCAUCUUCAACAACCCAGAUAAGGGUGCUGUCGCGCAUGCCAUUGUCCACCGCGCGGCAUGGGAGUAUCUCGCCGCCGUGUCCGAGAUGGAGGAUGAAGCCGAAGCCGAGAAGCUCCGGCGCGAACUCUUCGAGACCUGCCAGGAUGUGCUCGCUGAGAUGGUGCACACAAAAGACGGCAGCCGUAUCGUCCGCGAGUUCAUCGUACGGGGAACCGCAAAGGAUCGGAAACACAUCGUAAAGGCGAUCAAGCCUCACAUCGAGCGAAUGUGCAAAGAUGACGAGGCCCAGCUCGUCCUGUUCACAUCGUUGGAUGUUAUCGACGACACAAAGCUGACCGCGAAGUCACUCGUAACAGACAUUGUCGCCGCUGCCCCUGCGUUAUAUACUUCGCCACAAGGCCGACGUGCGCUAUUCUACCUCGUCGCACCUCGGACAAGACGACACUUCACUCCCGCACAGAUCGCGACGCUAGCCGAGACCGACACGAUACGAGCCAAAACCAGUAAAAAGGACGAUGCGUUACGUGCCUCGGAGAUUCGCAAAGCCUCAAGUGAAGGCUUGCUCAGCUGGAUAGCAGAGAAGGGCGCCGACGUUUCGCGAGAUCCAGGCGGAAGCUUAGUUGUCCUUGAGGUGAUGCUAGAAGCCGAAGGUGAUAAAUCUACCACUUCCGACACUCUCCUCUCCGCCCUCGCUACCCCCUACCCCUCCAUCGAUCUCUCCAACCCACACCCAAUCACGCUCCCACACACCUCUCGCCUCUACAAAACCCUCCUCCAAGGCGGGCACUUCUCGCACAGCUCACGAACAGUCGAGCGUGCCCCACGCUGGUCUGCCCGUGACUUUGCCGUGCGUUUCGUGCAGCGCGUGGGGCAAGAAAACACCGUCGCGAUGGCGCAAGGCGACGGUGCGUUCGUCGUCGCCGCGCUGUGCGAGCAGCUUGCGGAGCACGACGAGAAGGAGACUGAGGAGCGGAAGACCGUCAAGGGAUGGUUUGACGCGAAGACGAGGAAGGCGAUACAGGAUGCGGGCGGGAAAGGCGUGAAUGUGUUAUUGGAGAGCUUGAAGAGACUGUAGUGGUUUCGGACGUGGUUGUGAUCGUCUUGCUCGUGCUAUUGUCUCAGAUCAUCUGUCGUGCUGAUAUCCAUGCGUUGCUUUCGAC